AUGAAUUGGCCUUGCAGGCUCCGGUUUCCCAAUAGGAACGAACACAAGCGAGCUAGGAAAAUGAUGGGCAUCCAGGACAUCCGCGAUAUUGUGUCAUCCCUGUUCAUCAUGCUGAAUAAGGAGACAUUCGUCCUGUUUCGGAUCGAGUUUCUCGUGGUCCUGGUCACAGUGUUGUUUCUUGUGAUGUUCAUCAUAGACGUCUUUCGCCGUCACAUCCGCAACAUAUUCAUGAAAACCAUGUUUAGCAUCCUGGAUGCUAUCUCGGACUCUAUUGUCUUAUACCUGUUGGGGGCCAUGCAAACAGCCAAGUUCAAGAAUCACCUGUUCCCGGUCUGGGCCCUCGUGCUUGUUAGUUUCCGUUACAAUGUUGACUUCAUCUCUGGCUAUGGUGUUCAUGACCGCCAUGGGCGACGGUACAUGGAGUGGAGAAACGUGGUGAAACUUCUGGGAUCGGCCUUCUUGAUCUUGUGGCGCGGCUCAAGGUUCACGGUUCCACUCUGGUCGCUUUUGGCCCUGCAGAUACUGAGGAGCUGGUACAGAUUCUGUGAGCAUGGUCUGGCGCUCCGUUCUAUCUGGCAUGGCACAAGUUCAGAGGUCAUUUCAGAGUAUAUGCGUGCUGGCCCUCACACUAGGAACUGGAAACCAGAGGACUGCAACCCAGAGAAUAUGGAAGGAUACAAAUACUUGGUCCUAGGAGAAACCAAACAGGGAAUCAGACUCAAGAAGCCUCGGUAUGUCUUGUACAUCCAUACUGCCCAGUCCGUCAAGCAAGCUGAGCGUGGUUUUUCAUCACUGGUCACCCUAGACAAGAUCUGGGGAUGUCGCAGGAACCUAUUACACCCAGACAACAAAGAGGGGAAUGACCCAAAGGAUCUCUGUCUGGCCUUCGCCUUGUCCAGGCUGCUCCGGUGCAGGCUCGAGGAUGUGACACUGCAAGAAGAAAUCUUUUGCAUCAACCGGAAGCUGGUUAAGACCAAGAUCAUUGAGGAGCAAGACACCAACCGCGCCUUCAGGGUCAUGGAGCUGCAACUCUCCUUCGUAAAUGACUACUUCAACACCCACUACCCUAUGGUCUUCUGGAGUGGUUACUUAUCUCUAUUUUCAAAUCUGCUCCUCUCCGUGGUGACCUUCGGUGUUGUCUGCUGGCUUGCUGUGGACAUCCGUAAGGUCUAUAAGCCUCCGAAGGAUGAUCGGGCUCAUGUGGUGCAUGGGUUGAAUGUUGACAUGAUCAUCACCUGGGUAUUCAUGUUUUUUAUGCUGUUCAAAGAGAUCUGGGAGAUGGUCAGCUACUUGGUCUCAGACUGGACAAGAUUACUCCUUGUUUGCAGCUAUGCACAGUGGAAGGAAGAGCACACCAGAGAUAGACGUAUGGAGGGCACAAUAUCAUCCUUUUUCAAAUCAAGGAUAACUAGUAAGCACUGGCAUGGACUUAUUGACCAGUACGUCUUUUUGGAGUCAUAUGAUGACAUUCCAAGAUGUUGGAAUGUGAUGCACCAAAUAAGCACAGGAAUGGUUCCAAAGAAGGGUGAUGGAGCAAAACUCCGCAGCGCCAUCAGUGUGCCAGAAUGUAUCAAGCCGGCAAUACUGAAGAAGCUCCGUGCAAGCCUAGAGAAGCUCAACACUUCUAACAAUCUACAUCAGCCCGACAAUACCAACAGAAAUCAGGAGGAGCCCACCAUUAGGAGUGGUAUUCUUCUGCCCAAGGUCGUCAGGUCACUGUCCCAAAGGAAGCAGUACAAUUGGGCCUGCUUCGACCUGCCCACAUGCUCUCACGUAAUUCUGGUGUGGCACAUUGCAACCAGCCUCUGUGAGAUUAAAUUUGCUAGAGACCAUGGCGUCGACUUAAGCAAACAUGGGUUCCUGAGCUCCCUCUCAUCGUACUUCACGGGUUGCUGCUCAUCGAAACCAUAUCUUGUGGAUGUGGAUGUGGAUGAGAUGACAAAAGAAAAGAAAGUUAAUGGGAAGUUGCCCGAUAAGCUCAAGGAAAUGUAUGUCACUGCAAAUAGCUUGUCUCGGUACUGUGCAUAUCUGCUAGUUUCUAAGCCUGACCUGAUCCCUGACAGCUUUUAUGUACCCAACAUGGUCUUACAAGAAACCGUGACACGCGCUCGUGAUGAUAUUCUUAAAAAAUGUGACUCAUUGCAGAGUAGAUAUGACAAACUGAUGGAAGUAGCAGAGAAGGCCAUCCAAGAUGGUGACGACAUCUUGAAGGAAGAUGUUGUGCGACUAGGUGCAAAGCUGGGCAAGGAACUGAUUGAUCAAGAGAGUAAAGAAGAAUGCUGGGAGAUCCUCUCCGAGGUAUGGGCGGAGUUACUAGUGCACAUUGCCCCCACUUGGAACGCAGAGGCGCACAAGCAGUGCCUCGAGUCAGGAGGGGAAUUCAUAACCUAUAUCUGGGCAUUGCUAUGGCACUGUGGAAUCGAGAAGAGCAAAUUAUGGCCAGUAGAAGAUGUGUAUGGAAAUGAUGUUGAAAAUAUGUCCUAG